AUGGAUAUCAUGAACAAUUCAGAAACAUCUAACAAAACCUCCGAUUACAUGCUACUCACAAAACCAUGGUUCAAGCUAACCUUAGCCGAGUACCGAGAUGACGAGAAUUUUAGAAACGAAUUCCUCGCCAUAAUAACACGGAAAAAUAUGUCGAAAUAUUACGAAGUAGCUUGUAGGAAGUUCGACUGGAUCAUCGACGAAGAUCUGCUCGAGACAAUGAGGCUCGCGAACGAGGUUACAUGGCAGAAACUAGAGUCCCCUGAUGCUUCUAAUGUCGAAGACCCGGUAAAGAGAAAUUGGCGGGAAAAGAUGGAAUUUUUCUGCGAAAUCGGCGAUCUCGAUCGUGCCACGGACGUCGCGAGCAUGAUCUACGAAGACGAGACAAACUCGUCCAGCACGAGGAUCGAGGCUGCUUUCGGAUUGUUUAGAAUAUCGUACCUCAGGUACAAUUUUCGUUCAAUGGGGAAAAUAAUAGAGGAUAUAACGAGCCUGAUGGAGGGAUCGUGCGUAUCGGGCAGCAACUGGUGCUGUCGCAAUAAACUAAAAGUAUACGAAGCCGUUUACUGUCUCGCGACACGAAAUUUCGCACGUGCCACUUUGCUUUUAUUGGACUGCAUACCCACCUUCGAAUCGUACGAACUGUUGCCGUUCAAAGAAGUCGUUGAAUACACGAUAUUGUCAGGAAUGAUGUCGUUGUCGCGAUCUGACUUCGACGAUCGAUUCAACAAUAACGGACUGCUGCAACAGGCUCUGCUUACGGAGUCUCUUGGAUACAAAGAAUACUUUUGCUCCCUUUACGAUUGUCGUUACAAACAGUUCUUGAAAAAUCUAGCUUGGAUCGAGUCUGAACUCAAGGCUAAUCCUUUGCUGCAUUGCCAUUAUCGUUACUACGUUAGAGAAAUGCGACUGAGGGCGUACUCGCAAUUAUUACAAGCGUACAGGACGAUUAACUUGGAUAGAAUGGCGACAGAAUUCGGCGUGACAGAGGAAUACAUAGAACAAGAGGUGGCACGAUUUGUCGCGAACGGCAGGUUGCAUUGCAAAAUUGAUAACGUCGCUAAAACGAUCGUUACCGUCAGCGCCAUCGGAUGCGACAGAAAUCGAGCACCUGACGCUACUUGCGAUCGCGGACUUACUUACCAAAACAUGAUAAAAAGGGGCGUAAUCAUGGCUUAUCGAAUGUUUAAAAAAUAUCCCAGAUCUCUUAAUAGGAAAACCAAGGAAUUUAAAAGUACUUUUGAUUACUUGCUCGUGCUAGACUUCGAAGCUACGUGCAAAGAGUUGGAGAAGUUGGAGCCACAGGAAAUCAUCGAAUUUCCUUGUGCAGCGGUGUCUACGAAAAGCUGGGAAAUAGAGAACAUAUUUCAUCAAUAUGUCAAGCCGAGAGCUCAUCCGAUACUUACCCCAUAUUGCGUAAAACUAACCGGAAUCAUACAAGACAUGGUAGAUAACGAACCUCACUUCCCAGAAGUGUUCAACAAGUUUUGUAACUGGUUGGAAGAAAAUAAAUACUUCAAAGACGACAAUCAAAGCGCUUUCCUUACAUGCGGUGACUGGGACUUGAAAAUGAUGCUGCCAGAACAUUGUAAGUUGGAGAACGUAACGUUACCAGAAUAUUUUGGCAAGUGGAUAAAUUUAAAACACACUUUUUGCGAUGUGACAAAUUAUUAUCCACGAACAAUGACUAACAUGUUAAAUUAUCUCAAACUUGAACCACAGGGAAAGCUACACUCAGGCAUAGAUGAUGUAAAGAAUAUGGUCAGAAUAAUACAAAGUCUUAAAGCAAAUUACAAUGCUGAAUUUAAAAUAAAUACUGCUCCUGUAAUUCUAGAACAAUAUUUCAAACAAAAUAAAUUUAUUAACAAUUAAAAAUGUAUUUAUUGAAAAUUAUUUUAUUAAUAAUACAAAAUUACUUGUAUAAAAAUGCAAAACUACAGCGUAUCCUUAGUAAUAAAUAUUCAAAUAAAAGUAUUAACUCUAACAUUUAAAUUUA